AUGACAGUCGAACGGCCCAAAGACGAGUCGGAAGAAGACUCCAGCCUAUCGUCCGAACAAAUUGACGUAGGGCAUACGGUGGCAAAAGCUGUCUUACACGAUGCAAAGUUGGUGACAACGAAAGGCAACAUUAUCACCAAUGAUGGAGCUAUCGUGGCCACUGGAGAAAUUGACUCGAGUGUUUCGGCCAAUCCCUUUUCGGAUCCCCAGAUCCGAGACUACUACGUUGGUGUCUAUGAGAAAGCAAAAUACGAGUGUCGACAUGUCUUCGACGCGGGUGCCACAUGGACAGAAGAAGAGGAGAAGAAGAUGGCCAGGAAACUUGACUGGCAUGGCAUUCUACAGAUUGAUCGUGGAAACAUCAAUCAAGCCGUUUCGGGAACCUUUUUAAAAGAUCUUCACCUUAAUACUAAUGAUUUCAAUCUUGGGAAUACCGUGUUCCUGGUGUCUUUCCUUUUGGCCGAGUUACCAUCUCAAUUAAUCUCGAAGAAGUUUGGUCCCGACCGCUGGAUUCCUACCCAAAUGGUUAUAUGGUCUAUAGUCGCCAUGGCGCAAACUGGGCUUCGAGGCAGAGCCGAUUUUCUUGCAACUCGUGCUCUUCUUGGAAUGCUUGAAGGCGGUUUCAUCCCAGACCUAGUACUUUGGCUCUCCUACUUCUACACCGGCCGGGAGCUCCCCAUCAGGCUGAGUUUCUUCUGGACAGCCUUGAGCAUUACUGGCAUCAUUGCUUCUCUUCUUGCCUUUGGAAUAUUCCAUCUCGAAGGCCACCACGGUCUUGCAGGUUGGAGGUGGAUCUUCUUAAUCGAAGGAACGCUCACACUUGUUAUUGGCAUUGUGUCCUUCUUCCUUAUGCCGGCAUCUGCAGCCCAGACAAAGACGUGGUUUCGACCCAAAGGAUGGUUUACCGAUCGCGAACUUACUAUUGUGGUGAACCGAGUGCUACGAGAUGACCCUAGCAAAGGCGAUCACCCACGUCGACUGUGGACUGCACUGAAAGAUUAUGAUCUCUGGCCGCUUUAUAUGCUCGGUGUCAUCAACCUUGUUCCACAGGCGCCACCCGCUCAGUAUCUCACGCAAAUUCUUCGGAAUCUUGGGUUUACCACUUUCGAAACCAACCUCCUUACAAUCCCAUCAGCAGUGGGCCAUAUGAUCACUCUUCUCGCCGGCACCUGGCUAAGCGAAAAAUUUAAUCAACGCGCGCUUUUCGCCAUGCUACAACCCCUAUGGACCCUUCCUUGCAUCAUUGCUCUCCGAGUGUGGCCAGGUCUUAUGAAAGAACAAUGGUCAACUUAUGCUCUACUCGUCGUGUUACUAAGUUAUCCAUAUGCUCAUGCUAUUAAUGUGGCUUGGGUGUCGAGAAACUCGAAUAACGUUGGCUCUCGCAGCGUAUCUGCCGCUCUAUUCAAUAUGAACAUUCAAAUUUAUUAAUUAGAGUUGGAACACGAAAAUAAACGACCGCAAUAUACACAGCAAACAGUCACCGCUCAACCAACUCCAUGCAACUCCUUCUCGAUCACCCUCUCGAUCUCUAUCAUGCGAUCACGCAGAAUCGAAAAGUCGAGCGUGUAAAUUCAUCAAUAAUUUCUCCUGCUCGCAGACAUCGUGUACAACUCGCACCCAACGAUGACGAAAAUCGGGUCUACUGGAACAAUAAGCUUUAGAAUGCUAUGAGCUGUAGAAUGAUACGGAAAUAAUUAGCUGUGGAAUGUUACGA